UGCCUCCCUGCCUCCCUCCCUCCCUGCCUGCAUUGCCCGCUGCUCGGGGACGCUGCUGGCAGCGCUGCGGGGGCUGCGGCGGCCGCGUCCGGCCCCACACCCGCGGGACAAGGGCUGGAAGCGCCCCCAGGUCCAUCCCCAUCCCGAUCCGAGCCCGGGGCAGGCAGCAGCCAUGACCCAGGGGAAGCUCUCUGUGAACAGCAAGCCCCCCAGCUCUGAGGGGCAAGGGGACAAGAAGGACAAUGCCACAGCCCCCCCGGCGCCCCCGUCCUACGAGGAGGCCACGGCGGGAGAAGGGAUCAAAGCCAGGGCUUUCCCUGCUCCGCCCGCGGCCCCGCUCCACCCCAGCUGGGCAUACGUGGAUCCCAGCAGCAGCCCCAGCUAUGGCAGCGGAGGGUACCCGGGGGACACGGAGCUGCUCACCACCUUCAGCUGGGACGACCGCAAUGUGCGCAGGGUGUUCAUCAGGAAGGUGUACGCCAUCCUGAUGGUGCAGCUCCUGGUCACUGUUGUCAUUGUGGCUUUCUUCACCUUCUGUGAACCAGUCAAGGGCUACAUCCAGACCCACUCUGCCUGGUACUGGGCUUCCUACGCCGUUUUCUUUGUCACCUACCUGAUCCUCGCCUGCUGCUCCGGGCCCAGGAGAUACUUCCCAUGGAAUCUGAUCCUGCUCAGCAUCUUUACCCUGUCCAUGGCCUAUCUCACUGCCAUGCUCUCCAGCUACUACAACACCAAGUCGGUGCUGCUGUGCCUGGGGAUCACGGCCCUGGUCUGUCUGUCUGUUACCAUCUUCAGCUUCCAGAGCAAGUUCGACUUCACCUCGUACCAGGGCGUUCUCUUCGUGCUGCUCAUGGUGCUGUUCCUGGGGGGGCUGGUCCUGGCUGUCAUCCUGCCCUACCAAUACGUCCCGUGGCUCCACGCGAUCUACGCUCUACUUGGGGCUGGGAUCUUCACCAUGUUCCUGGCCCUGGACACGCAGAUGCUGAUGGGGAACCGCCGCUACUCGCUGAGCCCCGAGGAAUACAUCUUUGGAGCCCUCAACAUCUACCUGGACAUCAUCUACAUCUUCUCCUUCUUCCUGCAGUUCUUUGGCUCCAGCCAGGAGUGAGGGCAGCGGGGCAGGAUGCUCCCCGUGCUGGCAGAUGUGAGGGGUUAGAUGGAAAAGCAGAGGUGAAAGGGUUCAAACCCGCCAGCCUGACCCAAUCCCUCCCUUUCUGGUCCAUCUGAGGGGCCCCAGGCCCCUCCUGCAGCUUUGUACAUUUGCUGCCAGGCCUUUGUGACCCAGAGAGCAAAGCAGGGCUUCAGUGUCGUGUCCCUUCUGCUCCCCCCAGUCCCGCCCAGCCCAGUCCAGAGGCUGGGGCAGAGACUGGGACCUUCCCAGCCCCAGGGGCUGCUGGAGGUGCCCUCUGAGUGCUGCCCAUCACGGGGUGAGAGCUGUGACCAAACAGAAGAGAGGGCAGCAGAGCAGAGAGUUUGGUCAGAUCCUGGCAGGAAAAGCCUUGGGGAAUCCUGGCAUUGCCCUGUUCCCCACAAUCCAUUGGAGCUCGGUGGCCUCUGUGCUAUUCCUGGUGACUCCUGCUGUUGGAAAGGUGGAGUGUGGGAUCACGUAGCUGGAUUUCAGUGCUCCAGGCACAGGGAACCUGUUUGUUCAGGACGUGCAGCUCUCUGAGGUCAUCCCUGGUGCCACUGCAGGGAAAAUUCCCCUGGAUCCCUUGCAUCUGGCUGAGUGCCCUUCCCUUCCCUUCCCUUCCCUUCCCUUCCCUUCCCUUCCCUUCCCUUCCCGGAUCCAUGGCUCUCCCCCAGGGGACUGUGCUGGUUCUUUUUGAACUGUGGCUCCUCACGGGGGGAAUUUGGGAUCCCAGGGAAGGAACGUUUCAGGAGAUGGCAGAGACGAGCUGGAGGAGGCUGAGUUUCCAUGCUGGGAAAUGCCAUCCCCUGUGGGAUCCUGUGACCCACCCUGAGGCUGUGACACCCUCACAGAACUGUCCUGGUUGCUCCAAAUUUGGGUUCCUAAGGGAUUCUUUGCAGGGGCUGAGGCCAUUGGAGCAGCAAUGUCCCUCUCCCUGGCUGUUCUCCAUUUCUCCUCUCCCAAAGGGGAAUGUCAGCGCGGGCUCUGGAUGUGCUCAGGUAAAUUUCCACCGUCCCCGCUCACAUUCCCUGUCCGGGGCUCAGCUGGCUGAUCUGGGGCUGUAAAGCUCCCCAGGGAGAUAAGGGCCCUUUUGCUCUCAUUCCAAGAGUGAUCCGUGCUGCAGAUAGGAGCUGGUAUCUCCCAUCUCGCUGGGAAUGCCGCGAGUGCUGCGUCAGGAGCUGCCUCCAGCGAUUCCUGCUGCACAGGGGCUCUGCCAGAGCGCUGGAACGUUCCUGCUCCUUCUGCCCUGGCUUUUACCCCACACAUGUGCUGCCCUCCUGCCCCACGUGCCCAGGGAAAGUUACUGGGCAGGGAAGGGAAACGCUCUGGCCCCUCUGUGGCUGCAGUGAUGAGCACUGCAGUGAUGCCUUCCCCUUGUCUUCCUUCCUUCUAAAACAACCCCCCCAAAAAAACCCCAACCAGAACAAAAAAC